AGUUUACACAACCAGAAGGGGGACUAGAACUCAUGGCUCUUGUCUCUAACCAAUAUCCUUUCUUCUACAUUUGUCUCCCUCUAUGUCAGCACCCUGGAGUCCAUGGGUCUACCUCUCCUCUGGGUUGCCUUUCUCUGAAGUGAGAAACUCCCUCAGCUACCUUCUGCACUUCUUUCCCUCAUACACUGCAAAACGCCUUCCCAAAGCCUAAUAAUGUCAUUGUGCUCCCUCAUGAGCCCUAGGGAUAUAAAUCACCUAGAAUGGCUACUGUCAGCCCUUUUCCUCUGUGUCAGCACAACAGCAUCCUGUCAGAUGUGAAAAUCUGUCAUUUGUAUGUCUCGGAACUUCAGGCACUGCUAAGUGAAAAUAAAGCAUAGUUAACUGGUUCCAAAGCUCUUUCUUCUCAAAAUACAUUUAGGAUUUAGGGAUAAGGCGAGAAGCGACCCUCCAGGACCUUUGUGCUUGGCACAUUCCACCUGCCUAUGAGCUCCGUGUUUCCCAGUUACCUGGACAACAUUUGGUCUCCAGAAACCCAACCGUGCAGUUCUCAGUCCCGCCCCCAAAGGAAAUUUGCCACCCUGGAUUGGCUCCCAGAACCCAGGCUCCUCCUCAGGCUCCGAGCUGGUUGGGCCAUUUCUCUGCCCCUCCCAUGAGUGGGUCACCCCACAGGGAGACACAGCGGAGGCCAGAGAGGAUCCUACAGGACAGCAAGGAGAUGCCACCCAAAACCAAAGGAAAAGGGAAGAAAACUGGGGCACAGAAGAAAGAGAAUGCGGGCGCUGAUGUGGAGACCAAGUCCGCACACCGGCGGGCAGUGAUGGAGAAGGAGCUGCUCCAAGACCACCUGGCUCUGCGGAGGGAUGAGGCCUGCCGGGCUAAAGCUUCUGAGGAGCAGCUGAGGCAGAGGCUGCAGGUGCUGGAGGCUGAGUUGGAGGAGGCCCGAAGUGAGGGCAAGGCCAUCUAUGCAGAAAUGAGUCGUCAGUGCCGGGCCCUGCAGAAGGAAAUGGAGACCCGCAGCAGGCAUCUGGAGGAAGAAGUGACAGGCCUUCGGGAACAGCUGGAGACGUGCCAGAAGGAGGCCAAGGCUGCAGGGCAAGAGGCUGAGCAGGCCCUGGGAGAGCGGGACCAGACUCUGGCUCAGCUUCGGGCCCACGUGGCAGAUAUGGAGGCCAAGUAUGAGGAAAUCUUACAUGGCAACCUGGACCAACUCUUGGCCAAGCUGAGGGUCGUCCAGCCUCAGUGGGACGGGGCUGUGCUGAGACUUCAUGCCAAGUACAAGGAGCAGCUCCGCCAGUUUGGACUCAACCCCCUGGAUCUUUGAAGCCAUAAGCUGCUAGUCUCUGGGGUUCUUGGAGGCUCCAGCAAUAAAGCUAUCUUGAUGUAGAACUCAACAGAACUGUGGUCUGUGGCUUUUUGGCAGAUACAAGGGUCUCCUUUGGGGGCACCUUGGUUCUGGGCUGGCCCAUUGCCCUGGAGACUGAAAGAGA